CAUACAUACACUUUCACACACACUCGUACACGUUCACACACACACAGACACACACAGACCUUCAUAGUCUUGGUGGCUCUUACCUUUCCCAGAAUUCCUCUAGACUCGCAUUAACCCUGGGCUUAGCUGGGCUUUACCAUCACUAGCUCUGGCCACAGCUUCCUGCUGUGGAGAUUUAUUUGUUCUUUUUACUGGAAUUUGGUGGGAACCUGAGUGGCUGGAAAUCCACUCAGGCCCUUUGCUCCUGCCCCUGCCCCAAGAGCUUUCUGAAGUCUGGCCUCACAGGCUCCUAGGACACUAGAGCAAAAGACAGCUCAGAAAGGGACAUUUAAAAAAAUCAUGACCCUUGAGAAUUUCUGAGAGCACCACAUUACAACACAACCCUGGGUUGACAGGAAGGGAACUCCUUUGACCCUCAGGGUCUGCUGGGUCUGCGGCGGGGAGGGCGCAGGGGCAUCAAGGGGUGGGGAGAGGAAGCCAGAGGAUGUCCAGUCUGUGUCUCAGGCAGAGAGGAGGGCAGGCUGCUUGCCCUUCCGGGGGAAAGAGAAAGGGAAUAGAUGAUUGCUUCUUGCACUGAGUUCUCCCUGGGUUCUCCCAGGGUUCCUGGGGUAGAGGGAGUUCUGGGUGGUGUGUGAGCCCUGGACUCAGAUUUCGUGUAUCUUUCAGACUGUUUCCACAGCCUCACCUCUCUUUCUGACUUCUCUCCUCUGCUUUCCGGAGCACAUGUGAAACUGUCUCCAUUCCUUUCUCUUUAGGUCACUGGAUUCCUUGAUGGGGUUGGCAGUGGUGCUGUAACCCCAGGUCCCCUUAGGGCAUGUGAGUGGUGGUGGGGCUGAGACCUGCCAACCUCCUCGCUCUGGGGGAUUUUCAGUGUUCCAGGACUGGGCGUUCCGGUCUCCCUCUCCCCUCCCUUCCCCGAUUCCCCGGCGCCCUCCCUGCCCGCAGACCCAGGGCACUCUGAGAAUGGAAGGGAGCUGUCACUCCCAGCAGGAAAAGACACCAAGGUCCCUGGGCUGCCUGCACUCAAUUCUCAGCCUCCUUCCUCAGCCCUCCAGCCACUGCUGGGUCUGCCGCACGGCACGAUUUGAAAUACCCCUCCUUCCCGCUUUGAAGGAGGCUGGGCUGGCUGGGGUUAUUUUGGGAGCAGCUUCUGAGAUCCAAUGGCCUUGUUAGGGCAACACUGACCUUUCCGUCCCAGGAGGAGGGCAGGAUUGGAGAAGGGGGCGGGGCAGCGGCGGGGAGACCAGCAGCCCCGCACACCCACUGGGGUGGAGAAGGGGGCCAGCGGGCUGCGGGAAUUCAGCCUCACGCGGGGGCUGUCAACGAGGGGAAUUUCCCCUCUUUGAAAAGACUGGGGACCCUUCCCCCGCACCCAUUCACUGGGCUUCUUAAAGAGAUCACACCGUUUUCCCUUGGACUUCUUGGAAGACAGACUUGGGACUCUUUGUGGGAACUUUGAACCUUUCCUUCCUGCUUUCUUCCCAGCAGGCAGCCUUGCUCUGGCCGGUGGAGUCGAGGCUCCUGGGCAUGGCACUGACUAGCCGACCCAGUACUGACUUGGCGCCUGGGCUCUUUCAGCCUCUGCUGGCCUCCUGCUUUCCCCCUCCUGGGGCACAGUGGUGAGUCUGGGGGCCUGGCCCCGAGGGCACUGGAGGAGUGUCGCCGGCAUCACCCACACCCUCUGCACCCACGCUGGAGGACACGGAGGUUGUCAGGGGCUACGAUGAGAUGAGCGGGGGCCGCUUCGACUUUGAUGAUGGUGGGGCGUACUGCGGGGGCUGGGAGGGGGGAAAGGCCCAUGGGCACGGACUGUGCACAGGCCCCAAGGGCCAGGGCGAAUACUCUGGCUCCUGGAACUUUGGCUUUGAAGUGGCAGGUGUCUACACCUGGCCCAGCGGAAACACCUUUGAGGGAUACUGGAGCCAGGGCAAACGGCAUGGGCUGGGCAUAGAGACCAAGGGGCGCUGGCUCUACAAGGGUGAGUGGACACAUGGCUUCAAGGGACGCUACGGAAUCCGGCAGAGCUCAAGCAGCGGUGCCAAGUAUGAGGGCACUUGGAACAAUGGCCUUCAAGAUGGCUAUGGCACCGAGACCUAUGCUGAUGGAGGGACGUAUCAAGGCCAGUUCACCAACGGCAUGCGCCACGGCUACGGCGUGCGCCAGAGCGUGCCCUACGGGAUGGCCGUGGUGGUGCGCUCGCCGCUGCGCACGUCGCUGUCGUCCCUGCGCAGCGAGCACAGCAACGGCACGGUGGCGCCGGACUCGCCCGCCUCGCCCGCCUCCGACGGCCCCGCGCUGCCCUCGCCCGCAAUCCCACGCGGCGGCUUCGCUCUCAGCCUCCUGGCCAACGCCGAGGCGGCCGCACGGGCGCCCAAGGGCGGCGGCCUCUUCCAGCGGGGCGCGCUGCUGGGCAAGUUGAGGCGCGCAGAGUCGCGCACGUCCCUGGGCAGCCAGCGCAGCCGCGUCAGCUUCCUCAAGAGCGACCUCAGCUCGGGCGCCAGCGACGCCGCCUCCACCGCCAGCCUGGGCGAGGCCGCCGAGGGCGCCGACGAGGCCGCGCCCUUCGAGGCCGACAUCGACGCCACCACCACCGAGACCUACAUGGGCGAAUGGAAGAACGACAAACGCUCGGGCUUCGGCGUGAGCGAGCGCUCCAGCGGCCUCCGCUACGAGGGCGAGUGGCUGGACAACCUGCGCCACGGCUACGGCUGCACCACGCUGCCCGACGGCCACCGCGAGGAGGGCAAGUACCGCCACAACGUGCUGGUCAAGGGCACCAAGCGCCGCGUGCUGCAGCUCAAGAGCAACAAGGUCCGCCAGAAGGUGGAGCACAGUGUGGAGGGUGCCCAGCGCGCUGCUGCCAUCGCGCGCCAGAAGGCCGAGAUCGCCGCCUCCAGGACAAGCCACGCCAAGGCCAAAGCUGAGGCAGCGGAACAGGCUGCAGUGGCUGCCAACCAGGAGUCCAACAUUGCUCGCACUUUGGCCAGAGAGCUGGCUCCGGACUUCUACCAGCCAGGUCCGGAAUAUCAGAAGCGCCGGCUGUUGCAGGAGAUUCUGGAGAACUCGGAGAGCCUGCUGGAGCCUCCCGACCGGGGCGCAGGUGCAGCGGGCCUCCGGCCGCCCCGCGAGAGCCCGCAGAUACACGAGCGCGAGACCCCUCGGCCCGAGGGUGGCCCCCCAUCACCGACCGGGACGCCCCCGCAGCCCAAGCGGCCCCGGCCUGGGGCAUCCAAGGACGGCCUGCUGGGCCCGGGCGCCUGGAACGGCGAGCCCAGCGGCGAGGGCAGCCGGCCAGCCACUCCGUCCGAGGGCGCGGUCCGCCGCAGUCCCACGCGUCCAGCUACCGAGCGCAUGGCCAUCGAGGCUCUGCAGGCGCCGCCCCCGCCGUUGCGAGAGCCGGAGGUGGCGCUUUACCAGGGCUACCACAGCUACGCUGUGCGCACCACACCGCCCGAGCCCCCGCCCUUCGAGGACCAGCCCGAGUCCGAGGUCUCCGGGUCCGAGUCCGCGCCCUCAUCCCCGGCCACUGCCCCGCUGCAGCUGCCCACGCUCCGAGGCCCUGAGCCCGCGCUCGAGACCCCUGCCAAGCUGGAGCCCAAGCCCAUCGUCCCCAAAGCCGAGCCCAGGCCAAAGGCCCGCAAGACUGAGGCCCGAGGGCUGACCAAGGCCGGGGCCAAGAAGAAGGCACGGAAGGAGGCAAUGCUGGCGGCAGAGACAGAGGUGGAGGUGGAAGAGGUCCCCAACACCAUCCUCAUCUGCAUGGUGAUCCUGCUGAACAUCGGCCUGGCCAUCCUCUUCGUUCACCUCUUGACCUGACCUUUGCCUACCAGAGCCAGAAGUUCCUGCUGAGGACAUGAGGACCGUCCUUUUGCAGUGCCAGGCAGGGUGGCCAAAGAGGACUGGACUCUGGACCCAGAGCCCCACGGUCCGGCUCACAUUCACCCCACAAACAUUUCAGGAGGUCUCCCAUAGCGCCUGUGCCUGGUGGUGGUGGUGUCAAGAGGAAUGAAGUGUAAUGGCAGCCUCCAGGAGCUCUCUGCCCAGGGCAAGGAGGGCCCAGAGAGAGGCACCCUGGUCUCUUGAGCUUCCUGAAUUGCUCCUGUCCCCCGUCCUCCUCCACUCCCUUGUCUUUCCCCUAGGUUGUCCCCUCCCUGGGCUUUUGUGUGUUUUAGAUGUCACCUAACCAGGAUGUUAAUAUUCACUCCCACCCCCUUUCACCCCACCCUCCCCUUCCUCCCACGCUGCCCCACUUUGAUUUAAUCCUUUGUCUGUGGACUGAAGCCUCCCAGGGAAGCUGGGUGGGAUGGGUGCUGAGACCCCCUCAGACCAGCACAGAGGCCUGUCCUUGUGCAGUCUGUGCCCUGCACUCUCUCCCUUGCCUGUGGAUGUUCUGGGUGACAGUAGAGGAAAUGGACAAGGUCAGUGUGAAUAUCCCAGAACCCUGUGCUCUGUCUCCUCCCACCAGUCCAGUUAGCUUCCCUUCUGAACCAAUAGACGAGAGAGACCCGACAGAGCCUCUGGCUGGGAGGCUGCUGACUAGGUGGCCGGGGGCGGGGGCGGGAAGAGGGGUUAAGGCACAGAGAUGAUGGUCUGUUUUCGAGUGUGUCUGAGCCUGAGGCUGGGAUUGCAUUUGGGGUUUCCCGUGUGCUUGGGAUCCUAGAGGGUCACCUGCAGGAGCCCUGGAGCUGGCGAGAGAAAGCUCCUGUGAUGUGUGAAAUGGCUUGUCUCCUUCCCCACCCGGGCCCACUGAAGGCUUGCGGAGGGGGCCACAGAAGCCCACGGAAGUCCAGGGAGAUGUCCCUGGGGCACACUCAGGCAGACACCAGUUGACAAGGAGACAGGCUGCUUGUCAAGGAGCAUUUCCCAGCAAGAGAGGAGCAAGUCUGGGACUCCUCCUGGGUGCAGCCCGGGUGCAGUUAUAAGCCCCUUUGGCUUACUUGGCAGAAGACAGCUACUUGCAUGUACCUCACUUAAAGACGUUUUCUACCGCACUAGGUCUCUGGGCCCUUGUGUUUGCUGGGGGUGGGGUGAGGCCAAAGGCUAUGCUUUCCUGCCUCCAGGAGGAUGGAGGGAAAGGGUUUCCAGGACCCUCCAAGCCUGGGGAAGAACGUGGCAUACAAGCUGAGCCAGAGGGGACUGCUGCUGUCCUCCUCCGUUUCUGUGGACCUUGGGAGCUUUUGGCUUUGUGGUAGGGCCUCCCCAGGCAGCUCUGGGACCUGGGAGUUUGCUUCUGAUGGGGUCUGCUUUCCCACGUCCCCUCAAUGCUUGGAAACCUCCAGCUUCACACUUGCCGUUUCAAGCCCUGCUGGGACCUUGUGGCUUGGCUGGCAUCCAGGACUGCAUUUCCAUGGAGAAGAACCUGCAGAUUCUUCCACCCUCAGUCGGCCAUGGCCCAUGGCUCUGCGUCUGUGUCUGAGCCUCUUGGGACUCCUGGAGCAUGAGUGGAGUGGGCCGGGGGCACUGCUCAGUGCUAACAGGCUCCAGGCUCAGGAUCGGAGAUUCUUGUCCUGUUUUUUUUUUUCUUUUGGCCUGUGCUGGGGACAAGCCUGUGCCUGCUGAAGCUCCCAGGCCUACUGUGGGGGCUGGUGUUUGGGGUGGGGGUUCAGGACGCUGCAGUCUGUGCAAUAAUAAACCUGCAUCUGCUCAUGGGCUCUGG